AAAAGUCUUAACGAUAUAUAAAAUAUUCAAGUUUAUUGAAUAAUAUUACUGUUAAACGUUAGACAAUACUUACCAAACAUGGAUCUGAUGUGCACUACAUUUAGUGAACACACUUCACGUAUGGCCACGUGUGACGAGUUUGUGAAGAGAGAGAAGAGAGACAGUUGUGGUGACACACGUGUGAAGAGAUGCAAUAGAGUUAACACAGAGAAUAGAUUCCAUGGUUUGAGUGAAUCUCAAUUGAAAGACAAGACAUUAGCCGACCAUUUGGAUCACGAUUUGGAUGUCUUGAUAAUAGGCAUAAACCCUGGCUAUAACGCGGCCCGCAGUGGCCAUCAUUACGCCGGUCCCGGAAAUCACUUCUGGAAAUGUCUUUAUUUGUCUCAAUUGGUGAGUAAACCGAUGACAGCUUUGGAUGACUUCCGACUCGUGGAUCGGAGCCAUAAAUACAGAAUCGGUUUCACGAAUAUUGUCAGCCGAACCACUCGUGGAAGUGAUUGUCUCACUAAAGACGAGAUUAGAAAAGGAGCUCAAGUGUUGAGGAAUAAACUGAAGACUUAUUUGCCUAAAAUUGCUGUUUUUAAUGGAAAAGGAAUCUAUGAAGUGUUCUGUGGAACGACUCGUUUCCAGUUAGGACUUCAGCCAAAGUCAAUGGACUCGACAUUAAUUUAUGUGAUGCCCUCUUCAAGUGCCCGCUGUUCACAACUGCCCCGCGCUUCAGACAAACUCCCCUUUUAUAUCGGUUUAAAACAACUAUUGGACAAAAUUCAUCUCUCAAUGCCUAUCGAUUCAAAUGAAUUUAUUUUUCCAAAUCUCGAGUCAAAUAAAAAGAUAUGCAAACCUAUUAAAGAGGAAGAGUCCGCUCCAACUCAACAAUCUAUUUAUUUUUCAUAAAUUUACAAAUAAUAAUAAACAUUACAUCAAAUAACUGUAAGAAUAAGUAUCAG